CCCUUGGCCAGAUGCAGGAAACCGAAGGGACGCCCAAUGGGGUGGGGUCCGAUCCCCCAAGAGAGUGCCCGGGUGGGCGCCUUUCCUUCCGAGGGGCAUUGAAGGCGAUGGUGACACUGUUGGGUUUGGAGAAGGCGAGAUACUAGGGCCGCAGACACGGAACCGGGGGCCAAGAAAAAGGGAAGUAAAGGGAAUCGGCAGGGUCCCAAGAAAGAGAGGGUGGCUGGAGAGCGAGCGUGGGAGAAUGGGACAAAGAGGGCAAUGCGAGGAAGCUGGUGAAGGCUUUCCUGUCUUUCUCCACCAUGGUUGAAAGCAUCAAGUAUGAAGUGACCUCCCAGCAUGAGGCUGAUGCUUCCCCUUCGGGUGAUGGGGCCAGCCCAGGGGCCGAGCAGGUAAAGCUAAAGAAGGAGAUCUCGCUGCUUAACGGUGUGUGCCUCAUUGUGGGGAACAUGAUUGGCUCGGGCAUCUUCGUCUCCCCCAAGGGUGUGCUCAUGUACAGCGCCUCCUAUGGCCUCUCGCUGGUUAUUUGGGCUAUCGGGGGCCUCUUUUCCGUCUUCGGAGCCCUUUGCUAUGCAGAACUGGGCACCACCAUUAAGAAAUCUGGGGCCAGCUAUGCCUACAUCCUGGAGGCCUUCGGAGGACUUCUUGCCUUCAUCCGCCUGUGGACCUCCCUGCUCAUCAUCGAACCCACCAGCCAGGCCAUCAUCGCCAUCACCUUUGCCAACUACAUGGUGCAGCCCAUUUUCCCCAGCUGCAGUGCCCCAUAUGCUGCUGGCCGCCUGCUGGCUGCUGCCUGCAUCUGUCUCUUAACUUUCAUUAACUGUGCCUAUGUGAAGUGGGGAACCAUGGUACAAGAUAUCUUCACCUAUGCCAAAGUAUUGGCGUUGAUCGCGGUCAUCAUUGCAGGCAUUGUUAGGCUUGGCCAGGGAGUCACAACUAACUUUGAGAAUUCCUUUGAGGGUUCAUCAUUUGCAAUGGGUGACAUUGCCCUGUCACUGUACUCAGCUCUGUUCUCCUACUCUGGCUGGGACACCCUCAACUAUGUCACUGAAGAGAUCAAGAAUCCUGAGAGGAAUCUGCCCCUCUCCAUUGGUAUUUCCAUGCCCAUUGUCACCAUCAUCUACAUCUUGACCAAUGUGGCCUAUUACAGCGUGCUAGAUAUGAAGGACAUCUUGGCCAGUGAUGCUGUAGCUGUGACUUUUGCAGACCAGAUUUUUGGAAUAUUCAACUGGACAAUUCCACUGGCAGUUGCACUGUCUUGCUUUGGUGGCCUCAAUGCCUCCAUUGUGGCUGCUUCUAGGCUUUUCUUUGUGGGCUCAAGAGAAGGCCAUCUCCCUGAUGCCAUCUGCAUGAUUCACGUGGAACGUUUCACGCCAGUGCCUUCUCUGCUCUUCAAUGGUAUGAUGGCACUGAUCUACUUGUGUGUGGAGGACAUCUUCCAGCUUAUUAACUACUACAGCUUCAGCUACUGGUUCUUUGUGGGCCUUUCUAUCGUGGGUCAGCUUUAUCUGCGCUGGAAGGAGCCCGAUCGACCUCGUCCCCUUAAGCUCAGCCUUUUCUUCCCCAUUGUCUUCUGCCUCUGUACCCUCUUCCUGGUGGCUGUUCCACUGUACAGUGAUACCAUCAACUCCCUCAUCGGCAUUGGCAUUGCCCUCUCAGGCUUGCCCUUUUACUUCCUCAUCAUCAGAGUGCCAGAACACAGAAGACCUCUUUGCCUUCGAAGAAUUGUGGCAUCCACCACACAGUACCUCCAGAUCCUAUGUAUGUCAGUUGCUGCAGAAAUGGAUUUGGAAGAUGGAGAGAUACCCAAACAGCAAGAUCCCAAGUCUAACUAAACAUCACAUAGAAUCCUGAAAUGUGGAAAGUGGGGACUUGUCUCCUUGGCUGGAGUCAAGGAAGUUGAAAAGGAGAGUGUACUUCUUUGGAGGCACUUGUCCAGAAGCCUGUGUAGGCAGCUUCAACCUUUGAACUUACUUUUUAGAGAUGAGAAGUUAAUUUAUUUGUUUUGCUAUGUAUUGUUUCAGCCUUUGUAAAAGGGACGAUAAAGCAGACUUGGUGGGGAGCAUGUCACAUUUGGGAUUGGUUGUUCCAGCAGCACCUCUGGAUGUGCCUGCCCCACUCGUUUCCUUUACAAGGGCUAACAAUGCUCCAAACCUGUCUCCUUUAGAGACAUGAAACUGUCACAGGUGUUAGACAACAAUAAAAGGGCUAUAAUGUUUCUAA